AAGUGAUUAUCGACUUGUUCACUCCUCUUCAACACUUUCUCACCUCUUGACACGCAACUUCCUCUCUUCAGACUCCUCUAUAUAUAUACACACCCACUUUCGUUUCUUGAUUCUUCAUAAUCAAAUCUUUUUCAGAUAUAAUACUAAUAAUAUCUUGUCAACUUAGUAGUCUUAUCAAAAAAAAAAAAAAACUCAAGACAAUUAAUGGCGCUUGAAGCUCUUACUUCUCCAAGAUUAGCCUCUCAGAUGCCGACUGUGUUUCAAGAUUCAGGAGUAGGGUUUCAUGGGAGUAAAGGCAAGCGAUCUAAGCGAUCAAGAUCUGAAUUCGACCGUCACAGUCUCACGGAGGAUGAGUAUAUCGCUUUAUGUCUCAUGCUUCUUGCUCGAGACGGAGAUCGAACCCAUGACGUUAACCUCCCUUCUUCACCGGCUCUGUUUCCUCCUACUCCGAUCUACAAGUGUGGCGUCUGUGACAAGGCGUUUUCCUCGUACCAGGCCCUUGGUGGACACAAGGCAAGUCACCGGAAAAACUUUUCGUUGUCUCAACCAGCCGGAGGAGAUGAGCUACCGACGUCUUCGGCCAUAACUACAUCUGGUAGCUCAGGCGGCGGCGGGGGAGCAGGAAGUGUUGUGAAGUCGCACGUUUGCUCCAUCUGUCAUAAAUCGUUCGCCACCGGUCAAGCUCUCGGCGGUCACAAACGUUGCCACUACGAAGGAAAGACCGGAGGUAGCAGUAGCGUAUCGAAUUCGGAAGGUGUGGGUUCUACGAGCCACGUCAGUAGCAGCCACCGUGGGUUUGACCUCAACAUCCCGCUGAUACCGGAAUUCUCGAUGGUCAGCGGAGAAGACGAGGUGAUGAGUCCCAUGCCGGCGAAGAAACUCAAACAUAACUCUUCUUAGGGGGAAAAACUUUAUAUAGGGAAUUCGUUUUUUUACUGUACAUUCGAAAUUUCGAUUUUGAUUAAUAUCUUUCUCUUCAUUGAUAUAAUUAAUGAUUAUUUCUUGUAUAGUAUUUUGCUUUUUCUUUUAUUUAACUUCAAGUUGUAAGACUGACAUGGUUUUGAGUCUCAAACCAAGAAUAUCAAACAUAAUAUUAAUUCCUUUA